AUCUCCGUGUUUCUCGCCAAACGCUAUAAAACACAAAAGGCGAAGAAAAAGAAGGUCGUCAUGCAUAAACGCAGCGAAUAAAUGCCAUUUAAGUCCAAAUACAUGUGCAGUACACAUACAGUAGGACGUGCAUGUUGUUCGACGAGGAGCUAUUGACACCAUUAGGUUAUUUGGCCGUUUUUCCAGUGAUGUUCAUCGUGUCGGGUUUUGCUACUGCCUUGUGCGAUGUUAUGCUAACUAGCUAACUGAUGUUAUUUGCUAACGUUGGCUCCCACGCACUUCCGCACCAAAAUACCGAGCGAAAUCUACCCAGAAGUUGGGUUACUGUGAUCUCGUUGGAGAAAAAACGUUGGGGGAAAUUUGCAACUUCGCCAAGACGAACAUCGAUCCUUUGCUUCUCGGGUCCUUAGUACUGCGCUGAUACAUCACCGUGUCAUAUCGCAGUAAAUCACUAACAAAAUGCCAUUAAGACAAAGGUGGCACUCCAUGCGUGUGCGUUAUGAACAGCGCUACGAGCCAGCGGAUACGAGAGAGGUGACAGUCCACAGAGUGGUCAAUAUUUUUCAAAGGGGUGCCUCCCUCCCUCCUCCAGUGGAGAACUAUGACACAGGAUUUGAAGAUGACCGGUGGUGUAAUGAUGACCCAUUGUACACCGGCGAAGAAUGUCGCAGGGACAAUGAUUACCCAUCGGAGCGAUACUUCAAUCACAACCCCAAUUAUGUCAGUUUCCACAGGAACUCUCCACCCCAUCACCCGGAGCCACCUUGUCAACGCCCACAUUAUAACAGAGAUGACUUGAGGCAUCAGAUACGCUCCAGGAAAAAUGGCCGACCCGGUCCAUACUACAACAACAGGGGACGAGGCCACUCUCAAAAUCGAGAGGCCAAUAAUCAACUCAGGCACUCGCAGAAUGUGAAAGGAGACUGGGAGCGCUCAUCUGGGAAGAAGAAAAGCCAACCACCUGCUAAAAAGAACAUUUCUCCUGAGUCCGACAAAGGCUCUGCACACGCUCCAAAAACCAAGUCUGUUCCGGAACCAACCCUACCUCCAAGUGUCCCUGCAGAGGAACCUCCCCAAACAUCUUCAUCAAUCACGGAAAAGCCCUGUGAUUCUCUACCUGAGAAAGAGGAGCCGGCUCCUUCCAGCGCCGAGCCUGAAACGACCCAAGCCCAAGAAUUAAAGGCGCGACGGUCGGAAGCCAUUAAAGCCAAGGCUCUGGAAAUCGAAAAGGGGCAGGAAUUGGCCCGCGGGAUGUCAAACGGGCCACCCACGCGGUGGUACGUCUUUUGGCAUUAGUGCGCACAUGCUUUACCCCGCCAGUUCCCAGCGCUGCCUCCAACGAAGGGUGGGAGGCGGCGAGCGCUCCGGUGCCUUUACGGGAACAUCUGCCCCUCCGAGCUGUACGGAUCAGAUCGCGGGCAAAACUGGUGGGUAGCUUGUAAAAUUAGACCUCAAUUCUCAUCUCAGAAACCAUACGUUCUUUAUUUUCAUUCCGAUCCUCAUCUGUUUUUAUGCAUGUAUUCUGGGGUUAAGGAACAGUCGUUAAACCUUAAACAAAUACAUCAUGCCCAUAAACAUAACUGGUAUGAUUUGGAAAAAAAUAAAAAACCUUCCCUCCACAUGCCUCGUUCAUGAUGAGGCGAUCCGGACUGCAGAAUAAAUGAUCAUACGAGGUAAUGCUCUGAAAAUGUCCAUCCGAAACUCGGGAUUGAUUCCUCAAGGGGACUCCGCUGAUGAAACUUUUUCACAAUUACUUGCCUCUGGAAGAUGUUGGCUUCAAGAGGCAGCUUUUAAUAUCACCUAAUGUGUACCAGCCCUCAAUUAGCAUGCUUGUUAUGCAGGACCCCUGCCUGCCUCAUUUGAGCCUCACAAGCGAAGGGGGCGUAUGUGUAAUCUCACCCAGGGCCCCGAUUUCCCAACCCCCGCACCCCGUCCGUCCCUUUCGUACCCCUGGGUAUGUUCGCAAUUUGGACCUCCACAAACAUCCGAUUUGGGUUGAAGCCCACUUUUUUUUUUUAAAGGCUCCUGCUCUUGACGUUACCGCUCCUCUCUCGGCUUCUGAUCCAUUCUAGCCCUUUAGCGUCUGCUUUAAAGAGCUUCAAAAAUGGAAAACCUCCAUGCAACAGUUUCACAGCAUACAGGUACAAAAAUCACCCUUUUUUGGUUUUGCAAGUAAAUGCACUCUCACGUGUACCAUGAAGGGGGAGCACGUAAGGUCUUUCUCAAUUAUAAGGUCCUGUUCCAGCCUGAAACUGUGGACCAAGCACAAUUUGCAAAUCUGAAGG